AUGCCCUUCCUUUCGUUGCCAUUCGAAAUCAUAAAGAUGAUUGCGUCAGAGCUGCCAGAUGAAGAUGUACUUGACUUGAUGUGCACCAAUAGACAGCUUCAUGACCUCCUAAUUCGUGAUCUUUAUAAGCGAACUAUAGAUACAGAUCCAUCUGGAUAUGCCCUUUUUUGCCUACACUUGGCUGUCGAGGAUGACAACUUGCUUAUGGCAAAUCUGCUUUUGGAAACUGGAGCCAAUGUCAACGCGGAAUACGAAAGCCGCGCUCCCUUUGACUCAGCGCGCAGCCUUACUCCCUUGGAUGUGGAUUGUAUCAUGUUCCAAAGUUCAACUGCGGCUACUCAAGUACAGAGCAAAUGGUAUGAACAACAAUACGGUUGUCCGGAUGCAAAUCGGCAAAUUGUGAAGUAG